UUUUAAUUUAAAAUCAAUAAAUUAAAUACAAAUGACAACACUUGGAUAAGAAUUUUAAACAAUAUUACAAGAGAUUGACAAUGCUAGAUUAGAUGCAAGUAAUUUGGAGAUAGCAUUAAUGAAAUUAUUAAGAUUUGGUAUAUUUUAAUAAUGAUAGAUAAAGAUUCAAAAUCAGAAGAGCAUUUGAAACACAAAGAAAGUGCAUAUAAUAAAUUAUCAUAAUUAUACUGCAAACAAAGCAAACCAUAAAUGAUAUUUGAGAUAAUGAAAUCACAUGAUUUUUCUGGAUUCAAUUAAACAAGGGCUGCAAAAAUAAUGAGAUAAAUGAUUGAUUAGGUAGCAUAAUUAGAAAACACAAUUGAUUUAUAAGUUGAUAUGUGUUAAUUUUUGAUUGAUUAAUGUGCAAGAGAUAAGAAGAAUUACUUGAAGCAUAAGAUGUAAAUAAGAUUAGCAACAUUAUAUAAUGAAUAAGAGAAAUUCACUUAAGGAAUUGAAAUAAUAGAUAAAAUUGUAGGUGAAGUGAGAAAAGCUGAUGAUAAACAUUUAUUAUUAGAAAUUUAUUUAAUUGAGAGUAAAUUACAUUUUGGAUAAACAAACCUUGCUAAAGCUAAAGCAUCUUUAACUGCAGCUAGAGCAUGUUCUAAUACUAUCUAUUGUCCACCUCAUGUUUAAGCUGAAAUUGAUAUGAUGGCUGGUGUAUUAUAUGCAGAAGAAAGAGAUUAUAGAACAUCUUAUUCAUAUUUUUAUGAAGCAUUUGAAGCAUUCAAUAAUCUAGAAGAUAAAAGAGCACUAGGAACACUUAAAUAUAUGUUGUUAUGUAAAAUUAUGAUUGGAGCUACUGAUGAAGUUAAAUAAAUUCUAACAGGAAAACAUGGACUUAAAUAUGCAGGCAGAGUAAUUAUUUUAUUUAUUAUUUAUUAUAGCAUUUAGAGGCUAUGAAAGCUAUUUCUAAUAGCAAUUAAAAAAAAUCACUUAUUGAAUUUACUAAAGUUUUAGAUGAAUUCAAAGAAGAAAUUGAAGGUGACAAAGUCAUCAGAUUACAUAUCAAAUAGUUAUAUGAAGUUUUAUUGGAAAUGAAUCUAUUUCAAGUCAUCUAACCAUACUCUAAAGUUCAGAUUGAUUAUAUUACAUAAAGAAUGUAAAUUGAUGUAGAAAUCAUUUAAAGAAAGUAUCAUAUCAUUUCUAAUCUUAGGUUAUCAGAGUUAAUUUUAGAUAAAAAAAUUGAUGGUACUCUAGAUUAAGGAAAUGAUUGUUUGAUUUUGUUUGACACAGUUAAACAUGAUAAUUUAUAUCAACAUUCACUUAAUUUGAUUAAUAAUUUGAAUGGUGUAGUUGAUAAGCUUUUUGAUAGAGUCAAAGUCAAAUGAAC